GCAUUUCCGUUUCCGGUUCUUUUCAUGAAAACAUGUCUUCUGCCGACACAUCUUGGACAACUGUUGUUAAACCUGGUCGAAAUGGUUUAAAAAAUCAGAAAAAGAUUACUAAAAUUGAAAAGCAGUUGAUUAAGGAUCGUAUGCCGAAAUUAGAACAGGCUCCUCCGCUAAGAGAAUCAGAAACAAGCUUUGAUGCUUUCAAAAAACAAAAUGGUAAUCCAAAACCACAAAAAUCAUCACCUGAAAAGGAAUCGAAAAACUCAAAACCGAAAUCCCCAAAACCAACUCCUCCAGUCAAGAAAAGUACCAAUCUAAAAACAGCAAUAAAUGAGCUGGAGACUGAUGAAUUUAAUCGUAUGCUAAAUCAAGAUAAGAAGAACUUUUCCAGUAAUAAAGAUAUCUGGCUAAAAAAUCUUGCUGCGAUGCUGAAUGUUCGCUUGGAAAAUGUUCCUGAAGCUAUUAUAUCUGAAGAUGAUGAUGAACUUCUCGAAGAAUAUCCUCUUAAUCUUCUUGGAUCAGGCCUUCGUAAAUUAUUCGAUAAUUUAAUACGAACUCUUGAUGAGGAAGAAAUUUUUGAUGUUUUAAGUUUUCUUUGCGAACAACUUAUGAAUGAUAAAGCUAAAACACCUGUGCACGGACAUAAAAUGGUUUUUCAAUUAAUCGUUUUGGAAAGACCAGUAUCUGUUAUGACAUUUAUCAUCCAAUGGGCUUCGAAAAUUCCUACUAUGAAGAGUAAAAUCAAUAGAUCUUUACAUGUUUUAUAUUCUUUUGGUCAAGUAGGAAUCAAAAGCUUCGAGAAUGGUUUAAGGGUCUGGCAUGUUAUUAUGGUACCUCUACUCAACGUAAAAGGUCUAACAGGCUUUUGCAUUGCUUAUCUAGAAAAAUUAAUAUCUAAACACAUCAAUAGUUGCAAAUCACUUUCCGGUCUUGAAAUUCCGAAAUUAUAUGAGGUUUUAUCUUUCGAUUUGAAGUUACCAGGUGACAAGAAGAAGAAAAUGUAUACUUCUUUUGAAAAAUUAGUUUUAAAGUGUUUAGAAAAUGCCAAGUUGGAAGUUGUUCAAGUAGUCUUUGAAUCAAUUCUCUGUAAACUAACUAAAAAUUGUACAUCAACAACAGAGGCUUAUAUUCUAUUUAUCUUGAAAUGUUGCUUGGAAAAUGAUAUUUGUUUUGGAGUUUGGGAGAACAUUUACGCUAAUAAUUUACAAUCUUCAGAAAUUCUCCUCAGUUCUAUUUUGAACUCAAAGGAGGAAAAAUUCUGGGAAUCCAUUAACAAGAAAAAACUUGGAAAUACAUUGAAAAACUUUGAGAAGCAGAAUCAUACCCUAUUACAAAAAGAUGAAUCAGGAAAACUAAAGCAUUUACUAGGAAAAAAAGACUACUACCAACAAUUGGAGGCCAACAGAAAAUUUAGAAAUAGUCAGGGUUCAUUCGUAGGGAAGUUUCUCUUCUACGCUAUUAUUGUGUUUGCUGGCAUUGUGAUUUAUGACAGCUACGUUCACAAUGGAUUCUAUGAAUCAAAAACUUUUCGAACGUUGAAUGAUAUUGGAGCAGUUUCAGCAUCAAAAUUUGUGUAUGCUAAAUCGUUAAUUGCUUUCGAGCUUGUCCAACGAUGGUGUCAGGAUAAUGUUCCAUAUUACUAUGCUGCUGUGUCAAAGGUCCUUUCUCCAUAUCUUACUCAGUUCUGGAAAUGGGUUUACGAGACAAGUUUAACUCUUGCCAAAAUAUCUGAACCCUAUAGAAUAAUCGCACUUCAGAAAAUUGAAAAAGCGUUUAUCACAAUUGAUAAGUAUAUUCCAAUAGUUAAAGAGUUUGUCUUUUAUUACUCACAAUUGGUAAUUGAUUAUGUAAUUCACUACGGAACUAUUGUUUGGAACGUUUGCAAGCCAUACAUUUUCAAAUUGGGAACUUGGAUUCAACACAACAUCUUGGAAGCUGAUCUACUUAUGGACGGUUAUUUUGUUAAUUUUGGAUCAAACGUCUACGAGUAUUUCAACACGGCCAUUACUUGGUGUAAGGAGACAAUGAAGUCUAUAGGAAAUACUAAAUAGAGAUAAAGAUUUCAACCGUUAAUUGUAACAAAAAAUAUUUUUGUUAUUAUUUUGUUGUUUGAUUUAUUUUAAUCAUAUAACAAGUUAUUUAUUUGUAUUUAUUGCAAGCAUGCUUAUAUGGUUCCCUUGAGAAUAAAAUUUGUUCUAUUAUUCCACUUUAUUUUAUAUAAUAAUACUUCCUCUCAAGUAUUAAAGCCUCCGUUAAAGGUAAGCUGUAUUUAUAAUGCACAAUUUAUUUUCUUAAGGAGGCAGUUGCUGUUUAUAAAGGCGCAAAUCUUAUUAUUGCAUGUGGCAGAUAACUUGAAUAAAGUACGUGAGAGGUGUUUGCAUUAAUACGCAAUAUUAUACAAUUACUUUCCGUCUCCUUUCUAAAAUUUCUAAUACAGAAUAGUAGCAGGUAAUUCCCAUUUUACU